AGUGACAAGCGAUUCAAAGUGAGUCUGGAUGAUAUGGAUAUGUGUUCUCUGAGGGCUUUAGAGGCGGACGGAAGUCCUUCCCGCAGUCUGCUCAAACUCAUUGGAGAUCAAGGAUGUAUGGUGGGUGAACUGGUGGAGUUUCUACAGAUCGUGGGUCAUACGGAUGCCCUGCAGUGUCUGAAACCUCCAGGAAUUCAAAUCCUCGUCCAGCCGCAGUCAGUGGCUGUCAUUGCCGGACACAACCUUCGUCUCAGUUGUUAUGCUGUUGGUGCUUCACAUGUGCAAUUCCAGUGGUUUAAGAAAACGGAAGAGGUACAUAACAGCUCCUCCCCAGACCUUGUGUUCAGUCCAGUCCGGCUCAAAGAUGCAGGGUUUUACAUCUGUCGGGUGAACUGUGGAAACGCAUAUGAGUUCAGUCACUGGGCCCAAGUAGAUGUCCUCGAUGUUCCACCAAGAUAUGGAUUAAUGUCUCUGGCUUCAGAGGGCAGGCCAAGGGUGCUGAUCCAGCCUCAACCUCAAAGGCUGCUGGUGGGAGAUCUGCUCUAUCUAGAGUGUGGAGCUAUUGGAAGACCCCUACCACAAUAUCAAUGGUACAGAAAUGGAGUGCCGAUCAAAAAAGCCACUAAGAGGAAGUACACUGUCAUGAAUUUGUUGCCAGAGCACCAGGGAAGAUAUCGCUGCGAGAUCUUCUGCAACAAUGAACGAACAUGGAGCAAUGAAGUUAAUGUCGUUGUCAUUGAUGAUUUUUUGACUUUUAAUAGGGAUUACAGUCUUGAGAAACCUUAUGCUACAGACAAAGUGGCUCUUCUGAUUGGUAACCUCACAUAUCGAAACCACCCACAGCUGAAAGCACCCAUGGUUGACGUGUAUGACCUCACCAAUCUGCUGCGACAACUGAACUUCAAAGUGGUGUCUCUGCUGGAUCUAACUGAGUCAGAGAUGAGGAACGCUGUGGAGGAGUUCUUGUCCCUGCUUCAUAAGGGAGUGUAUGGUUUGUUGUAUUAUGCUGGUCAUGGUUAUGAGAACUUUGGGAACAGCUUCAUGGUGCCCGUUGAUGCCCCAAACCCAUACCGCUCAGGCAACUGUCUCUGUGUUCAGAGCAUUCUGAAACUGAUGCAGGAGAAGGAGACUGGACUCAAUGUCUUCCUCCUGGACAUGUGCAGGAAAAGAAAUGUACAUGAUGACGCCAUGCCAAACGUUGUGCUCAAAGUUACAGCCAAUAUUGUGUUUGGAUAUGCCACUUGCCAAGAUGCUGAGGCUUUUGAAUUGAGUUCAAGUGGAUUCACCAAUGGAGUCUUUAUUAAAUUCCUGAAAGAGCGCCUCCUAGAGGAUGAGAAGAUAACUGUUCUGCUAGACAGAGUGGCUGAAGAUAUGGGUCAGUUUGACCCCACAAAGGGUAAGCAGGCUCUAGAGAUCCGCAGCAGUCUGUCAGAGAGACGUUCCCUCACUGAUCCCAUCCGCCCCGGGGACUACUCCGAUGCAGCCGAGGCACAGAACCUGCUCUGGUCUAAAGCACAUGAACUGCCAGAGAGUAAACUUCUGGACUUUGAGUGUGGAGUCCAGAUAAAAAUGGACUUUGCUGCUGAGUUUUCUAACGUGCUGGUCAUCUACACCAGCAUUGUGAAAAAGUCAGAGGAGAUGCUGUCGUGUCAGGCACACAUAACUGACCUCCCUUUGGACCUGGAUGUGGACCCUAAGCUGAUGAAUAAAGAAACUCUGGAGGAAACCGGAAGCUUCUUACUUUCAGGCAGUCUUCCUCAUCACUGCCUCUACACCAGACUCAGCUCACUGCAGAAACUGAAGGAGGAACUAGCUUUCACUGUCUGCCUACAAGUUCAGUUUAACUCCCUAGAUGAGCUAGUCCAGUGGAACAUGGACGUUAGCAUCGGCAAGCCCCUCACCGCCAAACUGGAUCUCAACCGUCCCACCAGGAAGAACAGCUGUCAGCUGACGUGUCUCAUUCCGCACAGCCCCUCGACCAGCCCCAGCCACAGCCCCGCGUCAGACCGCCGCUUCCACAGCCAGGGCCCCUGCUUCCCCCAGCUGUACGCCAACCCCUACCUCAACGUCUGUGAGCCUCUCCACGGAGCUGUAGGGGGUUAUGGGGACUUUCGAUUGUACGUUGACCAUACAUAUCAAUAUGAGAAUAUGCCAUGCUCACCCGUCCUGAACCCACCAAGUAUUCCCAUUGAGACCACUGAUGACAUUGACGACAUGCAGAAUGAGUUCAUGAAUAGUUUGCAGCUCUAUAACCAUCCCUGAGUGAGUACACAGUGUUAAACAGAUGAUUGAAGGGAUACUUCACACAAAAAUGAAAAUUCUCUCAUCAUUUACCCAUUCCAGAUGUGUAUGAUUUUCUUUCAACCGAUGAAUAGUGAGUCUAUAUAAUGCAAGUGUAUGGGAUCACCAAAGUUGGCACUUCAAAAACCACACAAAUUGAACUUGAUGGUAAUCCA